AUGGGCGGCGAAAAGAAAGACACCGGCGGUUCUGCUUCCGAGGCGGUAAAUCCAGUCUUGCGCAUCAGUCAGCUCGACGCUCUGGAGCUGGAUUCUUCCCUGGAGCAGCUGAUGUGGUCCCAGUUUUCCCUGUGCUUCCAGAACCUCCGGCCCGGCCUCCUCACCCCAGUGGAGCCCGAGCUAAGAGCCUUGCUACAGCUGCUUUUGUGGAAGUUCACCCUCUAUCCCAACAGCGCCACGGUGGGACAAUCUAUUCUUAAUGUGCGCUACCACAACUCGCUCUCUGCCUCUCCGCGCUACAGGCCCCUGUCCCGCAGGCAGAAGCUGGGGUUGGCCUUUCUCACCGCAGGUCCCCGCUGGCUCCAGGAACGAUCACAUAAUUUGUUGGUUGCUUUAGGAUUGGGUCCCGGAGGAUCGGAGAGAGAGACAGUCAGGAAUGGAGUACGAAACUGCUUCUCUUUCAUAUCCAGUGUCAUCCAGUUUUCAAGCCUUUUGAACUUUUUGGUGUUUUUGCAAAAGGGGCAGCAUCCCGUCUUGGCUGAAAGGAUUGUGGGGGCUAAGGCCGUCUUUAGCAAACCUAAUGUUGUCCGGGACAUAUCCUACCAGUACAUGAACCGUGAGCUGUUAUGGCACGGGUUUGCAGAGUUCCUCAUCUUCUUUUUACCACUGAUAAACACAAACAAAAUGAAAACAAUGCUGUAUUCUACUUUAUUUGGUAAAACCAUGCCCAGGGAUAAUAACGCAAACGGUGAAAUGGUUUGGAAAGAGUGCGGGUUUUGCGGAGAAUGGCCCACGCUGCCACACACAGUUGGGUGUAGGCACGUUUUCUGCUACUACUGCAUCAAAAGCCAAAGUAUCGCAGACGCUGACCUCACGUGUCCCAAAUGUGGAGCCGAAGCCGCGCUGCCCACACCGGUCGUGAUGGCGGUGGAGGAGCGCUGA